AUGAUUUCACAAUUUAUUUCUAAUAAUCCAAUUAUUUCAUUAACAAAUAUACAAACAAUAAUAGAAAAAAAUAUAAUAGAAAAGGAACUUAUCCAACCAAAUAAUUGUAUUGAAAAUUUUUCAACAAUGUCAUUCAUUGAUUUAAUGCCAACUAAAGAUGAUCCACAUCAAUUACAAAUAUCUAAAAAUAAUCCAAUUAUAAAUAAUAAACAACAAUAUAUUAAAAUUUCAUCUCAUAUUCUCACUCGACGUUCACCUGAAGCUUAUAAAAAUUUACGAGCUAAAACAGUGCGAAUUGGUAAAGUUCGUUGGCCACCACCACUCAAUUCAGACGAAAUUGAUCAUGCAAAUCAACAAAGACGAUUACUUGUACAACGUCGUAUUCAAGAAGAAAUUCAUGGUAAUGCAAUAGUUAUAGAAAAAUUAGCAAUUGAACAAGAUCAUGUUCCUCUAGAAAAAAAAAUUCUAUUAUCUAAUAAUGAUAAUAAUCUGUGUAUAAAUGAUAUUGUUGUUUGUAAUCAAAAACCAUUAACAUUAAUACUUGAUAAAGAAAAUUAUCGACUUCGUAGAAACUUAUUUGAACAUGUUGACAAAUCAUCAUCAUCAUCAUCAUCAUUUGUAGAUCUAAUACAUAGUUCAAAAAUAAAUCAUCAUCAUCAUCAACAACAACAACAACAAAUACGUACAACUAGUCAAAAUACAUCUAAUUUAUCAAUAUCAUUUACAGAUAUUUUUCACCCAAUGUCAACUCUAUUACCAACAAUAAUUGAUGAAGAAGAUAUUAAUCAAACAAAACGUAAUCGAACAUUUUCAGAAGAUAUUUAUGAUCGUCUUACAUAUCAAACAUUACUUAAUACAAAUUCAUAUUCAAGUCAUGAACAAUUAACUCAAUCAUCAAUAAAAAGUACAAAACGACGACAUCAUUUUAAUAAUCCUACAAAUAAAAAACGUUUAUAUCGUCGUCGACCGCCAAGUUAUAUUAAAGAAUUAAAAGCUUAUUUAGCUCAUCGAGAAUCAUCAAUAAAUGAUAUUGUUAAAAUAUCUGAUGUUAAAAAAUUUAGUAAUGUUCUUGUUUGGUUAUCAAAUCAAACAACAUCACCAUCAUUAAUUGAAACAUCAACACCAAUAUCUUUAAUAAAAACAGAUAAUACAGAUAAUAAUAAUAAUAAUAAUAAUCAUUUAUCAUCAAUUACUACAGAUUCUGUUAUUGCUAUUACACAAGAAAUUUCACAGUCAUAUUCAGGCGUAUUUUCACCUACUGAAACAUUUGAACAACCACUUUUAAUUGAAUUACUUUAUUUACAAAUUGUACAUGAUAUAUUUUCAUCAGUAUGUGUUCGUAUAAGUGAAGCAGAACGAACAAAUAUGAAGAUAUUUUUAUCUUCUCAUGGUGUUGCAACUAUUGGUGAUAUUAAUUUAAUAAACAUAUUAUCAGCAAAAAAAGAUAUUAUCGAACAAGCACGUCAAUGGCCAAUAUAUUUCUGUCGACUUUUUCCGAUUACUACGAUAAAAUUUAAUUCUGAUGAAGAACAAUUGUUAGGUAUAUCACAUUCUGGUAUUCGAUUAAUUAAACGAAGUCGAACAACAACUAACAGAGAUAUAUUACAAGUACUUGAAACAUUUCCAUUUGAUACGAUUCAACAUGUUUCACCAAUUCGAAAUGGUUCAAGUAUUGAUUUAAAUUCAGCAAAGAAACGUAUUACUAUUCGUUCACAACGGAUCCAACGAAUCAAACAAAUGAUUGAAAAUUUUUUACAAGAAUCUCAAAUUGAUGGAAACAAACAGUCUCAAAUAUGUAAUCAAAAAUUAACAUUACCUCCAUUAUCAAAUACAAGUGAUUUAUUUAAAUCAUCAAGUCAAACUAGUUUAAUGAGUUAUAGUCAAACAUUUAGUGAAUUAAUUCCAUCAACAUCAUUAGAAAUUCAUACACCAAAAUCAACUAAAAAUGAUAUUAUACGUCCAACUUUAUCUGUAUUACCAACAGGACAUUCUAUGAUGGAAUUUGCUCUACAAAAUUUUAAAGUUCCAAGUAGACGACGAUCAAAAAAAGGUUGGAAAACAUCAGAAUGGACAUGGCAAGAUUAUGCUGAACUUAUCAAAUGGUCUAAGAGUCCAAUUCAAACGCCACUUCUUCGACAAUCAUCAAAUGAUUCCAGUCGUAUUAUACGGCAGUGUUUUCUUUCUAUUAUGCGUUAUAUGGGUGAUAAUAAUAUGGCACGAGGUCAAACUGAUAUUGAUUGUCUUUUCUAUCUUCUUAAAAAUAUGCAUAAACAUCGAACGUUAAUUGAUGAAAUUUUAUGUCAAAUUAUAAAACAAUUAACAGAUAAUAAAAGUACAAAAAAUGAUAGUGUACAACGUGGUUGGAAAUUACUUACAAUUAUACUUAAUUAUUUUAUUCCAAGUGAACAUUUACAACCAUAUUUUAUAAAAUAUCUUCAUGAUAAUCGAAUUAAAAAUGAAAAAUUAGUACAAUUAUGUUUAAAUCAUUAUGAGCAAACAUUAAAAUAUGGUGGACGAAAAAAUACACCGAGUAAAGCAGAAAUCAGUCUUUUAACAUCUAAUGGUCAAAAUGGAGGAAAACAUCAGACAUUUUUAGUACCAGGUGGAUUUUCAUUGACUUUAUUGACGACACCAUCAAUGGUAAUGGAUGAUUGUCUUAAUUUAUUAUGUGAACGUCUUAAUAUAUUAAAUACAUUAGAAAAUGAUGAAUAUUCGAUUUUUAUUGUGAUUGCUUCGGAAUAUUCAUCUCGUCUAUUAAAUCCAACAGAAUAUCUUUUUGAUAUUAUAAGUGAAUGUGCUCGAGCAAAUAUAAUUGAUUUCCAUUUGAUUAUUAAACGUAUGCUUUGGUUCAAUAUUCCAUCUGUGUUCAAUACUAAUAAUCAAUCAGAAAUGUUCAUUCAUUUUAUGUAUCAUCAACUUAUACCUGAAUUACUUGAAGGAACAAUGAUCAUUCUAAAUAAUAAUCAUCUUUCUGAUUUACUGAUGCAAGAAAUCUCAUUAAUGGCUGCUCUUCAAUAUCGUGCAUCAAAUAAAACUGGUCUACCGACUAUGAGAGAAGUUAAACAUCUUCUUCCAGCAACGGUAUUAAAAUUGAAAAGUGUUUGUCCUCAAGAAUGGACAACAUCUAUUCAUGAUAAACUUUGUACAUUUGUUGAAUCAAUGUCAAUCAUUGAAGCUAAGAUUAAAUUUUUAAAUCUCAUAAAAACAUGGCCGUUAUUUGGUACAACAUUUUUUACUGUCGAGUCAGUCGAUGAUCCAUUGAUUCGAUCACCAUGUUUAAUUGGUAUUUAUAAAAAUGGCAUUUUGUUUCUUGAUUUAGAUACUCGAGAAACCUUGUUUACAAUUCCAUAUGAUGAUGUUGUAUCAAUUCGUCGUCAUCAAACAACAAUUGAUAUAAAAUAUGGUAGUUUGCAUCAACCACAUAUUCUUCAAUGUCAAGUUGAUAGAGCUCAAGAUUUCGUAGCAUUGAGUGGACGUUAUUUAAGUUUGAUUGGUCGAAGUUUAAUAGCAACAUAUAAUGAUCCGAUUAGUACAAUAUUGUAA